CAUGGCGAGUUCUAGCAAAGCUAAUUCACUGGGUAAGCGAAAGCCGGAAGAUGAUUUGGACACUGAACCGGUUCUGAGGAGACAUAAAUCCGAGGCGAAGGAGACAAAGUCUGACGAGUCGGCUUUAAACUCAGCCAAGGAGACAAUUGAAGGACUUGAACUUGAUGAAGAUCCAGAUUUUGUUGAGGAAGCUGCAGGACCACCUAAUAAGAAGCUCUUUCUUGACAAACUCUCUAGCCAAACUGAAAUAUCAGAUGUCAUCGACUUCUUCAAAGAUGUUGGACAAGUUGUUGGUGUUCGACUUAUGCUAAACCACAAGGGCGGCCGUGUGGACAAACGUGUGGGCAGGCGUGUGGAAAAUCGUCUGGGUUUAGGCUUUGUUGAAUUUGCUUCUUCUGACGAAGCUAAGAAGGCGCUGAAAAUGAAGACCGGUGAAUAUUGGAGCCGUAACAAGGUUUUUCUUAAAGUGGCAGCUACAUCCCUUCCACCCAAGUAUUGCGUAGAUCACAAUGUGUGGUACGAAGACUACCUUCAACGGGAAGGCCUUCUGAUAGAAGGACUUGAUGAAAUUCCAGAUUCUGCUGAGGAACCUGCCAUACCAAAAAAGACGCUCUUUGUGGGCCGUUUCUCUCCCCAAACUAAACCAAGAGAUAUCAUCGAUUUCUUCAAAGAUGUUGGAGGAGUUUCUUAUGUUCGACUUAUAGGAGACCACACGGGCAAGCAUGUGGGUUAUGGCUUUGUUGAUUUUGCUUCUGUGAAUGAUGCAAAUAAGGCGCUGCAACAGAAGAAUGGUGAAUCUUUGCACGACUGUAAAAUUUUUCUUGAACUGGCUAAUAAUGGAGCGACGUACCUUCCACCCAAGUAUUGCCUAGAUUACAAGGUUUGGUUCGAAGAAAGCCUUCCGGUUGAAGGACUUGAUGCAACUCCCGAUUUUGCUGAGGCAACUGCCGUACCAAAGAAGACUCUCUUUAUUUCCCAUCUCUCACACCAGAAAACUAUCAUAUCAGAUAUCAUCGAUUUCUUCAAAGAUGCUGGGGAAGUUGUUCGGGUUCGACUUAUUCUAGACCAGUGUGGUGAGCAUGCGGGCUGUGGCUUUGUUGAGUUUGCUUCUUCUAACGAAGCAAAUAAGGCGCUGCAGCAAAAGAACGGUGAAUAUUUGCACAACAGCAGCAUUUUUCUUGAUGUGGCGAAUAAUGAAUUUGCAGAGAACCUUCCACCCAAGCAUUGCAUAGAUCACAAGGUUUGGUUCAAUGAAGACUUGCUUCAAAGUGAAAGUUUUGUGAUAGAAGAAGAUAAGACACCUGCUGAGAACGUACUCCUUGUUGCCAACCUCUCUCCACAAACAACUAAAAUAUCACAUAUCAUCAAGUUCUUCAAAAAUGUUGGAGACGUUGUCAGUGUUCGACUUAUUGUUAACCGCGAGUGUAAGCAUGUGGGCUAUGGCUUUAUUGAGUUUGCUUCUCCUUAUGAAGCACAGGAGGCGCUGAAAAUGGUGAAUGGUGCAUAUAUGGACGAUCAUAAGAUUAUGUUGAUGAAAGGACUUGAUCAAACUACUCCCGAUUUUGUUGAGGCAGUUGCCACCUCAAGAAGUAAGACGCUCUAUGUUGCCAAUCUCCCUCGCGAAAAAACUGAAAUAUCACAUAUCAUCGAUUUCUUCAAAGAUGUUGGACAAGUUGUUCAUGUUCGACUUAUUUGCAACCUCAUGGGCAAUCAUGUGGGCACUGGCUUUGUUGAGUUUGCUUCUGCUGAUGAAGCAAAGAAGGCGCUGGAAAAGAAAAAUGGUGAACAUUUUCACCGUCGCAAAAUUUUUCUUGAUGUUCCUAAGAAGGCUCAAGGCCGAUUCAAGUAUUGCAUUGAUCACAAGGUUUGGUACGAAAACUACCUUCGACAAGAAAGCCUUUUGAUAGGAGCUGACGAAACUCCCGAUUUUGCUGAGAUACUUAUUGGUUACUAA